CCUGUCAGGAAUCGGGGAUGUGUCGCCUGCUGUUCCUGUGGACGUGGGCCGUGGUUCUGACCCUGGCCCAGCCGGACCCCCUGGCACCUGCUGCAGGACCUGCUGAUGACAGAGUGACCCAAAGCGAACUCACCAUGGCUACAGAAUACCUGCAGCACUACUACGACCUGCAGGUGGCGCCGCAGAGGCGCAGCAAGAGGAGCGACUCCGCCCUCGCCUCCAAAGUGAGGGACAUGCAGAGCUUUUUCGGGCUGAACGCCACCGGGCGCCUCGACUCGGAGACGCUGGAGGUCAUGAGGUCCCCCCGCUGCGGCGUGCCGGACGUCCACGAGUACGUCAGCAACCAGGGGAGCAAGUGGACCAAGAGCACCAUUUCAUACAGAGUCGUGCGGUACACCCCUGACCUGCCAUCCGACACGGUCGACUCCGAGAUCGCAGCGGCGCUGAACGUCUGGAGCAAAGCCAGCCCGCUGAAGUUCGUCAAGUCGUCUUCCGGCCAGGCGGACAUCUUGGUUGAUUUCGCCACAAGAUCACAUGGAGACUCCUACCCCUUCGAUGGACCCAGGGGCACGUUGGCCCAUGCGUUCGGCCCCGGAGACGGGAUUGGAGGGGACACGCACUUCGAUGACGCUGAAAGCUGGACCACCGGGUCAGAUGGGUUCAACCUGUUCCUGGUGGCAGCGCACGAGUUCGGCCACGCCCUUGGGCUGAAACAUUCCAGAAACCAGGCGUCUCUGAUGUACCCCACGUACAAACAGAGGGACCGCAAUAACGUCCUCUCCCGAGAGGACACCAGCAAGAUCGGCGCCCUCUACAGUCCAACAGCUCCAGCUAGGCGCGCUCAGCCCCCGUGGGCCUCCGUCUUCAACAACUGGUUCCUGGGCCGGCGUUUCCCCUACCGCGUGCGGGACAAGUGCAGCCCCCGCCUGGCCUUCGACGCCGUCACCUCGCUGGGGGAGACCGUCCUGUUCUUCAGAGGCAGAUAUCUGUGGAUGAAGCCCGAUCAGCAGGAUGAUGACAAAGCGGCCCCUGUCCAGAAAUUCCUGACAAAAAUCCGGUCAGGCGUAAAUGCGGCCUACUCCAUUCCCAGCAGAUCCUCGCUAUACCUGUUUGCAGGUUCCAGUUUCUGGACUGUGAACGGGUCCCGAGUACGAAGCCGUCCCAAACCCAUCCACAGAUUUGGGUUACCCAGACAGGUGAAGAAGAUUGACGCAGCGGUGCACGUCAACACCACAGGACACACCCUGAUUUUUGCACAGGACCUUUACUGGAGCUACGAUGAAAAUCGCAGGACCAUGGAGGACUCAUCCCCCCGGAAAACCAGUGAUGAUUUCCCAGGAAUUAAAACUCCAGUCGAUGCAGCCGUCUACAGAGACGGAUUCAUCCAUUUUUUCCGCGGACCGGAGGUGUACAAGUAUGACGCGUCGCGGAAGUGCGUCGCCGGGGUGGACAAAGCGAACAGCUGGCUGGGGUGCAAGAUGGAGUCCCCGUUAAAGAAGAGGCCCAGGCAUGAGCCCGUGUUUGCGAAUUUAUGCCAGAAUGCACAGUAAACGCCACACCAAGCUUAGAUCGAAAUGACCCCAACCUGUAGAUGUAUUUUUGAAGUUUAAAUGACUACUCCUGAUACUUAUUUUAUCAAAACUUUUAUCACAGUUAUAUAACUAAUACAUCCUGCUGAUUUUCUCAAUCGCUUAUUCAAAAUAAACAUUCUAACGUCA